GAACAUUUGUCUGCCCUUUUCUUGUGAGUAUUUCUUGCAGUGUUCCAGGAAAGAAAGGAUGCAAUAAAAGCCUUUGUGAGAGGAACCAGGCGGCAGAGAGGCAGGCGCGUGUCUGCUGAGAUGAGUACCUCCACACUGCCUCGAGCCGAGGCAGCCUCAGGUGUAGACGGUAACCCUUACAGCAACUUUAACGGCAACGCUGUGGCCGGCGGCGGGGACUGGAGCAUCAGUGGCAGUGGUCCAUGGCUACUGGCCAUCAUGCUGUCACUCAUCAUCCUAAUGACGGCGUGCGGCAACAUCCUGCUGAUCGGGCUCGUCUUCGCACACCGCUCGCUGCGCUGCACCUCCAACUGCUUCCUGGUUUCCCUGUUCCUGUCCGACCUGAUGGUGGCGCUGGUGGUGAUGCCGCCGGCCAUGCUGAACAUGCUGUGCGGGGCCUGGGUGCUGUGGGCGGACUUCUGCCCCGUGUGGCUCUGCUUCGACGUCAUGUGCUGCAGCGCAUCCAUCCUCAACCUGUGCGUCAUCAGCCUGGACCGCUACCUGCUCAUCAUCUCACCGCUGCGCUACAAGCAGCGCAUGACGCCGCCCCGCGCCCUCCUGCUGGUGGGCGGCGCCUGGGGGCUGGCCGCCCUCACUUCCUUCCUGCCCAUCCGGAUGGACUGGCACAGCCUGGGCCGUGGGGAGGGCGACACAGGAGUGGCGCCCGGAUUUGGUAUUUUGAACGGCACCUUGCCGGACCCGCGCUACCCACACUCGUACUUCCAGCACCUUCCGUCGUCCGGGGGCGUGGCGGUGCAGUGCCGACUGCGGGUGACGCUGCCGUUCGCCAUGGUGGCCUCGUGCCUCACCUUCUUCCUGCCCUCCACGGCCAUCUGCUUCACCUACUGCCACAUCCUGCUGGCGGCGCGGAGGCAGGCCAGGCGCGUGGCCGCACUCUCACAUCCUCCGUACCCCCAGCACUCACCAGGGGAGCCGUCGCGACCACCUUCCCCCGGACAUCUGUCGGUGAACAGCGAGCGGAGGCUGGCGCAUCGGCAGGGCCGGAGGGCACUGAAGGCCAGUCUGACCCUGGGCGUCCUGCUGGGGCUUUUCUUCAGCACAUUGCUACCUUUCUUCAUCACCAACAUGGCCCAGGCUGUGUGCGAGUGCGUCCCAGCCACCCUCUUCGACGCCAUCACCUGGCUGGGCUACUGCAACAGCACCAUGAACCCCAUCAUCUACCCGCUGUUCAUGCGCGACUUCAAGCGCGCCCUAGGCCGCCUGCUGCCCUGCUGCUCGUCGUCGACUGGCCGCUCGCCCCGCCGGCCCUCGCCGGCAAUCUCGCUCUCGCUGCGCAACUCCGGCGAGCCUCAGCUGCCCUCCGAUCCAGCAUCUCUCAGUUCCGAGCCGCCCCAGCCCGAGCCUACGGCCACCGCCACCGACGCCGUCAACCUGCUGGACGCCGAGCAGCCCCUACUGCUACCCAACCAGGUGGACACGCUGGACUGA